UCGCCCUCGCUCCAUCCGCAGCCGCUUGUCUCCCACCACCGCAGCCAUGGCAAACAAAGGGCCAGCCUAUGGCAUGAGCAGGGACGUGCAGUCCAAGAUCGAGAAGAAGUACGAUGACGAGCUGGAGGACCGGCUGGUGGAGUGGAUCGUGGCACAGUGCGGGGCUGCCGUGGGGCGCCCGGAGCGGGGCCGCCUGGGCUUCCAAGUCUGGCUGAAGAACGGCAUCGUGCUCAGCAGGCUGGUGAACAGCCUCUACCCCGACGGCUCCAAGCCCGUCAAGAUCCCCGACGCACCGCCCACCAUGGUCUUCAAGCAGAUGGAACAGAUUGCCCAGUUCCUGAAGGCGGCUGAGGACUACGGUGUGGUCAAGACAGACAUAUUCCAGACCGUGGACCUGUUUGAAGCCAAGGACAUGGCAGCGGUGCAGAGGACGCUGAUGGCCCUGGGGAGCCUGGCAGUCACCAAGAACGACGGGAACUACCACGGGGACCCCAACUGGUUCAUGAAGAAAGCUCAGGAGCACAAGCGGGAGUUCACCGAGAGCCAGCUGAAGGAGGGCAAGAACAUCAUCGGGCUACAGAUGGGCACCAACAAGGGAGCGUCACAGGCGGGGAUGAGCUACGGCCGGCCCCGGCAGAUCAUCAGCUAGGCUCGUCCCCGCCGCCCCCAGCCCUCCCCAGCCGGGACCUCCGUCUCCGCUCCCCCCGGCCCAGCGCCGCCGCCAGUCCAUUGGUAUUUAUUGAGGAGCAUCCGCCCGCC